AUGGCGGGGCUGCUGCAGCAGCUGGAGCAGGGGUACUGCCAGGCACUGCGCUGGCCCCCGGCACAGGCUGCCCUUCAGCCCCCCGAGUGCUUCCACCUCCUGUGCCUGGAUGACCUGCGGAAGGCGGCUGUGGUGUGGGACGUGCAGCAGUACAUCCUGCUCCAGCUGGACCGCGAGCCUGCCCCGCGCCAGCACCCGACACACGGGACAGCUGAGAUGCUGAACCAGCUGCACGUCAAGAGCAACAGCUGCUUCCUCUACCUGGAGUGGGUGCCGGAUGACGUGGCUGCCGGCACCGUGGUGCUGUGCGAGGUGUGGCACAUCCCCAGCACCCUCCACAGUCUCCACCUCUGGCAGUGCCAGCGCCUCCUCCCACCACCACGCUUUGCCCAUGCCCACCCGCUGCUCCACGUGCUGCUGGCUGCCUGGCCCCUGCGCCCUGAGGAGCUGCACUGGGUGCUCUGGGCGCACCACACCAACCCUGCCACCGGCCGCGCCUGGGAGGACUUCCAGGGGCUGCUGGCGGCGCUGUGCACACUGCUGGCCAAGGGCCCCAGCAGCACCAGGCUGCUCUUCCACGCCAGCUUUGCCGAGUGGCUGCUGGACAUCAAGCACUGCAUGCAGCAGUUCCUCUGCAGCGCGGCCGAGGGCCACCAUAUACUGACACUCAGCGCUACGGCCCAGCUGCCCCAGCUGGCCCCCAGCAAGGCGCAGGGCCUGGCCCAGCACUUGCUGUAGGCCAGCCUGCCAGAGCCCAAGGUGCCGCAGCUGCUGCUGCUGGCAGGGGCCAGGGUGGGCGGGCUGGGAACAGGGGGCAGCGGGGCCAGACCGGCACUCUCCUCCAGGGUGCUGCAGCAGGCGCUGGAGCACGCUGAUGCAGUGCGGGUGCUGCUGGAGAGCGAGACCAGCGCCAACCAGCGGGACACCGGCGGGUGGACACUGCUGGCUGGUGCGGCACAGGGUGGCCACCAUGACAUGGCCAGGCUGCUGCUGGCGUGGGGCACGGAGGUGGAGGUGGCUGACCCUGGCGGGCAGAUGCCCCUGAUGCUGACUGCCCGGCAGGGCCACGCCAAGGUGCUGCAGUGCCUGCUGGCCCAUGGUGCCAGUGUCAACCAGCCAGACCAGGAGCGCUGGACUGCUCUGCGCUCGGCCGCCUGGGGUGGGCAUGCCGAGGCCAUGGCCACGCUGCUGUGGGUGGGCACGGAGGUGGAUGGGGCAGAUGCCGAGGGCUGGACGGCACUGUGGGCGGAUGCCUGGGGUGGCCAUGAGGACAUCAUCCAGAGGCUGCUGCGGCACAGUGCUCGAGUGGACUGUUUGAACACCGAGGGCCAGACCCCUCUCAUUGCCACUGCUUACAUGGGCCACUGCCCUGUCAUGGAGCGGCUGCUGGCCCAUGGCGCUGACCCCAACCAUGCCAAUGCCAACGGGUGCACCAGCCUCUCGGUGGCUGCCCUCUGCGUGCUGGCUGGCCAGGACUACUAUAAGGUGGUGAUGCUGCUGCUGGAGCGUGGUACCUGUGUGGGGCAGCACGACUGCGAUGGUCUCACCCCACUGCUGGCAGCCGCCUAUGAGGGCCGUGCCGAGCUGGUGGAGCUACUGCUGGAGGGUGGCACUGACAUGGACGAGGCAGAUGGGGCUGGGUGCACGGCACUGCUGGCAGCCACCACCAUGGGCCAUGGGGUGGUGUUCUGCACCCUGCUUUUCUGGGGGGCUGCCAUGGACCAGGUGGACACUGAGGGGUGGAUGGUGCUGGGGGUGGUGGCAGUGCAGGGCAGCGCGGCGGUGGUUGGCACACUGCUGUGCCAGGGGCUGGACGGGAACUGCCACAAUGCCGGGGGCCUGAGCUCCCUGCAUCUGGUGGCAUUGGAGAGCCACGCCAGAGCCUGCGCCAUGCUGCUAGAGCAUGGGGCCCGUGUUGCCCAGCCCGAUGCCGAAGAGCUGCUGCUGCAGCACAGGGCCAACCCCCAGGGCCAGGAUGCCCAGGGGCGCACGGCACUGCAUGGCACCUGCUGGCAGGGGCAGCUGGAGGUGACGUGGCUGCUGCUGCGAUGCGGGGCAGAGGUGGACACGCUGGACAGUGAGCAGCGCCCAGCACUGCACUCAGCCACCUGGCAAAGCCACGCCAACACCAUCCGGCUGCUGCUGAACAGUGGCACCCGCAGGAACCAGGCCUGCAGCCAAGGGGCCACAGCGCUGGGCACUGAUGCCCAGGAGGGCCACGCCGAGGUGGCGCGGGUGCUGCUGGAGCAGGGCGCUGAGCCCUGCCACGGCAAUGGCUAUGUCUGGACCCCCACCUGCCUGGCCACCCACUGGGGUGCCAUCCUGCGCCUGCUGGAGCGCCAUGGAGCCCAGCCCUCCUGCAGCCCGGGACCACUGCUCGCCCGGCUCCAACGCCUCCCUCCUCCACGUGCCGCUCACUGGCCGUGGUGCCCAUGCUGGAUGUGGAUGGAGGUGCUCAGAGCAAAGCGCCCACAUGUGGGAUGGAUGGACGGACAGAUGGACGGACGGACAGAUGGACAGGCUCAGGUCCUCUCUCCCCAGCGGUGA